UAUCAUUCAACUUUUAUGCUAUCACUUGCUUCGGCUCUUAAUCUUUACUUUAUCAGCUUACAUCAACACUAUGUCUUCUCCUGUUCUUUGUUCUUACUCUUCUUCAGUCACCGAUCUUAACAUCAGUAAAGAAACCGUUAUACGCAGCACAGUGAACUUCCAUCGUAGCAUUUGGGGAGAUCGGUUUCUUACUUACAAUGAGAGAGAGGAUCAAGCUUGGGAGGAGCAACAAGCUAAAGAACUGAGAGAGGAAGUGAGAAAACAACUAGUAGUCGAUACUGCUUCAAACGAACAAAUGCAACAUGUGAAGCUGAUUCAACUCAUUGAUGUCGUACAACGACUCGGUGUAGCAUAUCAUUUCGAGGAGGAAAUCGAGGAAACCUUAAACCAUAUUUUUGUUACAUAUGGAGAUCAUUGGAAUAUUGAUGAUAGCAACCUCCAAAGCACUUCCGUUUGGUUCAGACUCCUACGUCAACAAGGCUUCAAUGUUUCAAGUGGAAUAUUCAAGAAGUAUAUGGAUAGCAAGGGAAAUUUCAUGGAAUCUGUAAGAAAAGAUGUUCAAGGCAUGCUUUCUUUGUAUGAAGCUGCAUACAUGAGGGUGGAAGGCGAAGAAGUUUUAGAUGAAGCCCUCAGUUUUACGACUUUACAACUUGAAAACAUAGCUAAUGAUCAUCUGUGUAAGGACGCAUCUCUUAAGAUUCAGAUAGAAGAAGCACUUGAACAACCUCUUCGCAAAAGGUUACCAAGGCUAGAGGCGUUGCGUUACAUACCCAUCUACCAGAAAGAAGCUUCGCAUAAUGAGGCCUUACUAAAGUUUUCCAUGUUGGAUUUCAAUUUACUUCAAUCCUUGCACAAAAAGGAGCUCAGCCAGAUCAGCAAAUGGUGGAAGAAUUUGGAUUUACAAAACAAGCUACCUUAUGUUCGGGAUAGAUUGGUAGAAGGCUACUUUUGGAUAUUGGCAGUUUAUUUUGAGCCUCAAUAUUCUGAUGCACGGAUCUUUCUAAUGAAAACAUGCAAUCUUGUUAUCAUAUUGGAUGACACAUAUGAUAACUAUGGUACGUAUGAAGAGCUUGAGAUCUUUACCCAAGCUGUUCAAAGAUGGUCGGCAAGUUGCAUUGAUACACUUCCUGAGUACAUGAAAAUCAUAUAUCAAGAACUUUUGGAUGUUUACAAAGAAGCUGAGGAACUACUAGAACCCAAAGGGAAAGCAUAUCAUAGUUACUAUACUAAAGAGAUGGUGAAAGAGUACACUCGAAAUCUCCUAAUCGAAGCCAAAUGGGCAAAAGAGGGCUACAUUCCUACCGUAGAAGAACACAUGUCAGUUACAAUGGUAACAUGUGCUUAUGGCAUGAUCAUAGCAAAAUGUUAUGUGCAUGGUGAUGAUUUGGUCACUGAGGAUGCAUUCAAAUGGGUGUCCACCUAUCCUCCUCUCGUGAAAGCUUCAUGUUUGAUUUUAAGGCUUAUGGAUGAUAUUGCUACCCACGAGGAGGAACAAGAAAGGAACCACGUAGCUUCUAGCAUUGAAUGUUACAUGAAGCAAUAUGGUGUCUCGGAGGAACAAACACGUGAAAUAUUCUCAAUACAAGUCGAAGAUUCAUGGAAAGUUAUAAAUCAAGAGUCCCUAAGGCCAACUGAUAUACCGAGGCCUCUGCUCAUGCCUCCAAUCAACCUAGCACGAGUUUGUGAUGUUUUGUAUAAACGUGGUGACGAUUACAAUCAUGCCGGAAAGGAAAUGAUCCAUAUUAUUGAAUCGCUUCUGGCAAAUUCUAUGAGUGUUUAGGCUUAAGUUCUUAAUGGUCUAUUAGUUGGCUAUUGUUAUUCCAACUUGCAUUUGAAAUAAAUAUGUUGGCGAUAUUUAAAAAGUUUAGUGUAACCAAAAUGAGUGCAACCUUUGGUUAACGUUGAAAAAACCAAGAAACUAUUUUAAAUGUUUAUUUAAGCAGUUUACAAUUUUUUUUUACUAUUAAAACUUAAAAGUAUCGUAUCGUCUUACC